UCAUCCAUUGAGCAAACAUAACCAUAAAGGCAAAAUAACAAACGCUUAGAACAUCAGUCACAUUUCAGAAAUGGCUUCAAUCACCAUGGCAGCUGCCUCAUUCCUUAGUAACACAACCCUUUCCAACCGCUCUCCGGUAGCCAGCAGCCGGAGAAUUGUCGUCACGAAUGCUGCAAGAGCAGCUGAAGGGGAAAAGGUGAAGGUUAGUUGUAACACUAAAAAGGAGAGCAACAAUGGAAGGAGGGACUUGGUGUUUGCUGCGGCAGCCGCUGCUGUUUGCUCCAUUGCCGGGAUGGCAGUAGCAGAAGGGCCGAAACCGGGGUCCCCAGAAGCUAGAAAAACCUAUGCCCCAGUUUGUGUCACCAUGCCAACUGCUAAGAUUUGUCGCAAAUGAAAGGGUUUUUGUGGUUUUAUUGUAGUUUCUAUUUAUUUGGUUUUAAGACAAGUGAUGGUGUAAUUUAUUCAAGCUUGUAAUAUUAAAUUGGGAAAUACUUUCUUUUCCAUUGCCUUAAUGGUUAAAUUUUGUGACCUAUGUUACCAUCU